AAAGCCUCAAGAAGUCACUCACCACCACACAGUUUAAUUAAAUACUUAAAGCUUCCCAUCUUCUUCAUCCUCAGGAAAAGAUGGCUUCAUCUCUUCGUUCAUUUGCAGCUGCCUUUCUCUUUGUGAUGCUGUUCAUGGCCACUGAGCUGGGAAGAAACACAAUAAUGGUGGCAGAGGCAAGGAUGUGCGAGUCGCUGAGCUCGAAGUUCAAGGGGCCAUGUGCUCGGGAUAGCAACUGCGCAACGGUUUGCCACUCGGAGGGGUUCUCCGGCGGCGACUGCAAAGGGUUGCGCCGCCGCUGCUUCUGCACUAAGCCUUGCUAAUUCAUCAUCUAUCCAUAUAGGCAGCAGCUGCGGCAGUGUGUGUAUGUAUGGUGUGUAUUGCUAAAUAAAUGUUA